CGGGAGGUGGACUCUCUGACGAGGUCUCUGGCACAGGAGAGUCAGACAAUUGAGGAUUUGCAUUGUGAAAGGAAAGAACUUAUGAGUCAAAUCCAAGCAGCCAAAAAGGUUAGUAUUGAGGUGGAGCAUGAUCGCCAGGGCCUCCAGUGUGCUCUAACAUCCGCAGAGAUCAAAAUCCAAUCACUGGAGUCCUACCUUGAGGAAUACAAACAGGAACAAGAGAGUCUGGCCGUGCGGCUCAGGUUAGAGCAGAACCGAGUCAAAGAACUAGACCAACUUUUGGUGGCCGUGCGUUUGCAAGAGCACAAGAUGGAGUUAUCAAACCAGAAUGCUGACAACAGAAAUGCCAAGAUGCAAGACAUGGUGUCCUGCCUGCAGAAGAAGAUAGUCGGACUUGAGCAUCAGAUACAGACGCUUGAAAUGACAAGAGAUGCGCAGAACAUAGAACUGGCCAGGCUGGAAAGCAAACUCAGCGCCCAAGUGUUCAAGAACGCAGCUAUUUGUGAGGGUAGAGAGGAACACAACGCAUUGUUUGAAAAAGAGAGGGAAGAAAAAGUGAGGGCAUUGGAAAGAGAUUUAGAGAAUAGCCGUCGAGAGGCAAACGACAAAGCGUCGAAGUUGCAUGAGAUGGAGGCCAGGCUAGCAAGCUUAGACGAGGAUAACAAACGCAUGCUUAACCUGCUGUCUAAGAUUGACACGCAUCGUAUGCAGCUAGAGCAGCAGAACAAAAAACUAAUGUCAGAGAGGAGAGGAGGGUCGUUUGACGAUGUGGGAGACAGCAGGAGGAGAGAUUCCCGGAGCUCAGAUGCAUCUUCACCAGCAGUAUUUGAGGAGUCUCACUCUCUGGUCAAGGCCCUAAAGAAAGAAUGUGCAAAGUUGAAGGGUGAUCUUGCUGUGAAUGAAGGCCAACGGAGAGUUCUGCAGCAAGAUUUUGAGUCACUUGCUGAAACACUGAGGGAAGUGAGCUCGGGGCAAGGCAAGCGAGGAUCAUCAGAGGGAAACCUGGAGGCCCAGCUAGCUAGGCUGAUGGUGGAGAAUGAGAAGCUGCGUGAAAACGUGGUUGCAAUGGAAACACGGUGCGAGCAGAGAGAGUGAGAAGAAUUGGAGUGCAGCAAGCAUUGACACAAGUAUCAAUCAAGAAGAGGAGAAAAA